GCAUGGAGGUUGUGGAAUGAAGACGAAAUUUUGACUCUUAUAGACCCAAGAAUUUCUUAUCAAGGCUUUAGAAAUAAAAUCUUGAGAUACUUGCAUGUUGGUUUGUUAUGUGUGCAAGAAUUUGCUGCUGAUAGACCGACCAUUUCAAGGGUUCUUUCAAUGCUAGGUAGUGAAACUGCAGUGCUUCCCUCACCAAAUCAACCUGCAUUUACUGAGAGAUAUACCUCAUGUUGGAAUGAUUCUUCACAACAAGGCCAUCAAAGAUGUUCUGUGAAUGAUGUCACUCUUACAGUUUUUCAUCAAGAUAUCUUUUUCUUCUACAAGCAUGUUUUGGUUGAAGUUUUGAAGCCAGACAAUCCUUAUUCUAGUUUCCCCAAAUACCUUGUUGAAAGCUUUUUACAGAAAGGAGUUUUAGAUAUGAUGCAAAGUUCGAAGGUUAAUUUCAAUUUCAAUGAACAUUUUGAGCUUGACGACAUGACCUAA